AAUAAAUGAUCCGUCGGAGAGUGCGUUUGUAGGACAUCGUGUUGCAGCUCAAAUCACUUGAACAGCAACGAAGAAAGAAGGCGAAGAUGGAAAUCCCUCUCCUGAUUGUCUCACUGAUCUUUCUCUGCUUCUUUUCCUCUGCUCUCUCAUCUUCGGUGGUCACCCAUUUGCCUGGAUUCCAAGGCCCCCUGCCCUUCUACUUAGAGACAGGGUACGUGGAGGUGGAUCUGGAGCACGGCGGUGAGUUUUUCUACUACUUCAUUGAGUCGGAGAACAAGCCGGCGGAGGACCCUCUGUUCCUCUGGCUGACCGGCGGCCCUAGGUGCACUGUCUUCAACGGCUUGGUCUUCGAAAUCGGUCCCCUGAAAUUUGUGACAGCCGAGUACAACGGGAGCUUGCCGAGCUUAGUGUACAAUCCCUAUUCCUGGACCACGCUCAAAUCACUUGAACAGCAACGAAGAAAGAAGAAGGCGAAGAUGGAAAUCCCUCUCCUGAUUGUCUCACUGAUCUUCCUCUGCUUCUUUUCCUCUGCUCUCUCAUUUUCGGUGGUCACCCAUUUGCCUGGAUUCCAAGGCCCCCUGCCCUUCUACUUAGAGACAGGGUACGUGGAGGUGGAUCUGGAGCACGGCGGUGAGUUUUUCUACUACUUCAUUGAGUCGGAGAACAAGCCGGCGGAGGACCCUCUGUUCCUCUGGCUGACCGGCGGCCCUAGGUGCACUGUCUUCAACGGCUUGGUCUUCGAAAUCGGCCCCCUAAAAUUUGUGACAGCCGAGUACAAUGGGAGCUUGCCAAGCUUGGGGUACCAUCCUUAUGCCUGGACCAAGGUAGCCAACGUGAUCUUUUUAGAUUCCCCGUUGGGGUCUGGAUUCUCAUAUUCAAGAAAAUAUGAAGGGUAUGAUGCCAACGAUACGGUUUGGUCUGAACAGACUUAUAAGUUUCUUAUACAGUGGCUUGUUGAGCACCCACAGUUCAUCUCCAAUCCCCUCUACAUUGCUGGGGAUUCAUAUGCUGGAAAAAUUGUACCUAUGGUGGCCAAAAGAAUAUUGGAUGGAAUUGAUGAAGGGAAAGAGCCACUACUUAACCUCCAGGGUUACAUUAUUGGCAACCCAGCCACAGGUGGAAAAGUCGAUAGGAAUUCUCAAAUACCUUAUGCUCACAGCAUGGGAAUCAUAUCAGAUGACUUCUUUGAGAUGAUACAAAAAAGUUGCAGUGGACAAGACUAUCGGACUCCCACUGAUCCACAAUGCCAGAUGUAUCUUACCUCAUUUAACAAUUCAUUCUUAUCAGAAAUUAAUCAAGGACACAUUUUAGAAGUGAAUUGCCCUAUUUGCUAUUUGAACGCCUUGCAUGGUCAUGGGAGCACGACUUUUGGUAAACGAAUUUUGAAGCAGAACCAAAACAUUAUUCAGCCUCCAUUUCCUGAUCUGAGUUGUCGAUGUUAUGCUAGUACUUUGGCUUACUAUUGGGCUAACAGAGGCAUUGUGAGGAAGGCACUCAACGUCAGAAAGGGGACAAUUAAAGAAUGGGUAACGUGUAAUCGUCACUUACCAUACACAAAGGAACUCAAGAGUAAUAUGAAGUAUCAUCUUAGUCUUUUGCAAAGAGGCUAUCGAGCUUUGGUUUACAGUGGUGACCAUGAUCUAAUGAUACCUUUCUCGGGGACAAAACAAUGGAUAAAACCCUUAAAUUCUCCUAUUGUGGAAAACUGGAGAUCUUGGCAUGUUGAUGGCCAAGUUGCAGGGUAUACCAUGACAUAUUUCAAUAAUUUGACAUUUGCAACUGUGAAGGGUGCUGGACACACAGCUCCAGAGUACAAACCACAAGAAUGUCUAGCUAUGAUCACAAGAUGGAUUUCUGGCGCACCACUAUGAUGUAAUUUUCUUCCCUCCAUCAUGGAGUGUUAUCUUAAUAUGAAGAAUGAAGACUAUCAAGGAAAAUAAAAUUAAUGUUUUCAUUAAAGAUUAUUCUAUUAUCACGGUGAUUAUUAUUGUAUAUUGUUUGUCUCCCAUGGAGCUCUGAGCUGUGCUUUCAAACUAAAAAUUGAGUUCAGAUUGAUAAAAUUUAGAGAUUGUGUUUGUUUAAA